ACCGGAUUAGUCAUGUGAAAACAGUUUUGGUGUUAUUAUUAUUAUGAAUUAAAUCGUUAAGAAAUAUACAGUAAGAUUUAAAUGCGUGUAGGAGAUGAAUAUAAGUUUUAUAAGCUAAACAUUUUACUUACGGGUAAAUGACCCUUUGAAAAAGGUCAGUUUGUUGAGUAGAUGAAAGAACUGUAUUAAGUGAAUGUGUUACAUUGCAAACAGUUUUCGUUUAGUCAGCUUGAAAUUAAUGCUAAACAGAUAGUUAAAUAAAUAUUAAUGAAAACUGAAUUUAUAUCCAGCAAGAGAACCAUAAAAAGUGAAAAUCCUGGAACGGAAAUAAUAUCAUCUACGUCUGUCUUCUGUGAAAAGACGCCAGGAUGUUUCACACACCAGAGCACUGCCACGAUAUGUCUUUGAGAAUGUCAGAGGUCCUCGAAGAUAUUGGUAUAAAUGAAAGAAUGGUUCUGAAGACGAGGAAGGCAGUUUUAUUGGAAGAAACCAUGUACACAGUCACACCCCGAGCAACAAACAAUCAAAUAACUGUUUUCAACUUCGGCAGUAGGUCUGAAGCUACUACAACACCUGGACUUAAAUCAGAUUUAGACAACCUUGUCAGCUUAGAUUAUUUCAUUGUGAUAAAUGACUUAUCUGAAUGGACACCUAACGUUAGUAACUUCCUGAUGAUUAAGGACGAUAAAACACCACCUGGUUAUUGUUUUCUACAGAAGCUUAGAGCAGAUGCUCCUCUUCCUGAGACACAAGAAGAUGGAAAUCACUUUGUCAAAGACAUAAAUGGACGAAUAUUGCAUAAGAAUACUGUUCUUGAUGAUAUUGUGAUUGAAGGUCGCCAACGAAAGGGACCGUCAUUAGCAGCAACUGGACAAUCUGGUGUUUUCGAUAGUGACACCGUAUCAGCAUUUCCUUGUAAAUCAUGGCCAGCGUCGGCUAAAGCCUGCCUUGAUAAGCUAGACGAAAACAUAUGGGUAACAGAAGAUAUGAAAAGAUAUGCAAGAACUGCAAAGUGUUUAGUUGUUGGUGUUGGAAAUAAAGUCAGUGAAAAUGAGGCUUUUGAAUGGAGAGUUUCUACCUCAUUAGCUGAGCGUUGCAUGAUGUUCAAUUUGAACAUUACUCAAAUAAGAUGUUAUAUCUUAAUGAAAAUGAUCCUAAAAACAUACAUUAACCUUGGCAAUGAAAGUUACGUUUCAAGUUUCAUGUGUAAAACAGUUUUGUUGCACUGUAUGGCAAAUAAACCUACACUCAUGUGGGACGAAUGUAGUUUCUUGAAUUGUCUGACCUACUGCUUAUUUAUAUUGAGUAGGUGUAUAUUAAGUGAAAACUGUCCACAUUUUAUUAUUCAUGAAAACAAUUUAAUGGCAGGAAAAUUAACCAGCCAUGUCAAAACUCGGUUACAUGAGCGAAUGUCAAAGCUAAUACCAUGUGAUGGAACGACGCUUUUUGGAAUUCGUUUUGAUGACUUUGGUCGAAGACUUCAGAUAAAGCUUAACAUGAUAAAUGGGGGGCUUCUCAAUAUUACUCAACGAGAUUUAAACAUUAGGGCCACUACGAAUGUUUUAUUUCUCAACACAGCUGCUAGCAUUUUAGAUAAUUAUAAUACACUUGUUCAUAGCAUGAAAGAUGACAUUUUAAACAUGAAUAUGAAAAAUCUCCUACAACCAGUGCAACACCUGGCAAGUAACUAUAGAAAUGGUGACAUAUUAGCAAAGUUAGCAUGCAGGCUGAUCACACCUCUAUAUUGUACCUUCAUAGGGUGUCUGAUUGCCUCACAAAACUUACAAAAUAACAACACAGUUUCGCCUCAAGCUUUUACAUGGAUGGAAGCAGGACUUAACUCAGAUGUUGCUUCAGGCAGACUAAAAUUUGCGUCUGUAGUAUAUAGUACAGGAGACAUGGAAAGAGCUGCUGGAAUACUUCAUGAUAUAGAAGAAAAAUAUAAAAUAGAAGUCACUGAGCCUGUAUGUGGCUGCUACGACUUUCAUAAACCUUAUAUAAGAAAGGGAUUUGGUCAGGUUUCCAGUCAAUCUGAUGUAGAGGCAGUCAAGAAUAUCGUUGCUUUCUGUGUUCGAUUUCUUCGAAGUGAGAUACGUAUUGUACCACAUGAGCUUCGGUAUGAACUAUAUAGAUCAACACAAGAGGACAUGCAAUGCAGGGAGUUUUGGGAUAAUGUGUGGAUGGACUGUGUUUUGGUAGACUCACUUCCAUACCUUUAUUUUCUACAAUACAAGACAUACGGUGUCCUGCAGAGAUCUGAGGAACAGCAGCAAGCACUGAGCAAACUUUGGUCGGCAAUUAAAACAGAGCGUAAUCUUGGACAUAAAGAAACGGCACUGAAUCUACUAGGACAGUGUAUGGAACAGGAACAAAGACCUGUUGAUGCUCUGCAAUGUUACAGAUUGUCGCUACGUGUCAGGGAAAGGAAUAAUUCUGCAAAAAUUCAUAUCUGCAAAUGUCUGGCUAAUAUAUUUAGACGGAUUCCCUGAACUUGUACGGUUGAACCUAAUUAACGUUAAGUUCGUCCAGCUGCCGGUUGGUCAAGUCAAAAUGUGAGACCAAUGCAUUCGUCCAUGUAAUAAACAAAAGCAAGUAGAUUUGUCAAAUUCUUCAAACUAUGGCAAAUUAGGAACUCGGUCACUUUUCUGGAAACAGUUUAACCCCAUAAAAUAUAAAUUAAUAUGUUUUUAACUUCGAGUUAGAUACUUAUUUUGUCUUAUUAACUUAUGAAAUAUUUUCUCUAAUUUGAUUCAGAACUAUAUAAUAAUAGUUAGUUUUGAAAUGUGUCUAUAGUUUAAUUUGGUAGUUGUUUAAAAAACACACUUUAAACCCAUCAUUCAGGCACGAAAAGAUAUAUGUGACGUAAGUAUUUCUAUCAGUAAAAGAUGAAGAGCUAAGACAGAAGGGGUUUCAAUUAUGUAUGAAUAUUUCAUUUUUAGACAUCAUAAUAUUUAUAAUUAAAUAUGAUUUUUAUGCCCCCGAAGGGAGGCAUAUAGUUUUUGAACCUUCUGUCGGUCUGUCAGUCUGUCCGCAAUUUUCGUGUCCGGUCCAUAUCUUUGUCAUCGAUGGAUGGAUUUUCAAAUAACUUGGCAUGAAUGUGUACCACAGUAAGACGACGUGUCACGCGCAAGACCCAGGUCCGUAGCUCAAAGGUCAAGGUCACACUUAGACGUUAAAGGAUAGUGUAUUGAUGGGCUUGUCCGGUCCAUAUCUUUGUCAUCGAUGGAUGGAUUUUCAAAUAACUUGGCAUGAAUGUGUACCACAGUAAGACGACGUGUCGCGCGCAAGACCCAGGUCCAUAGCUCAAAGGUCAAGGUCACACUUAGACGUUAAAGGAUAGUGCAUUGAUGGGCGUGUCCGGUCCAUAUCUUUGUCAUAGAUGGAUGGAUUUUCAAAUAACUUGGCAUGAAUGUGUACCACAGUAAGACGACGUGUCGCACGCAAGACCCAGGUCCGUAGCCCAAAGGUCAAGGUCACACUUAGACAUUAAAGGUCAUUUUUCAUGAUAGUGCAUUGAUGGGCGUGUCCGGUCCAUAUCAUUGUCAUUCAUGCAUGGAUUUUAAAAUGACUACGCAUGAAUGUGUGACACAGUAAGACGACGUGUCGCGCGCAAGACCCAGCUCCGUAGGUCAAAGGUCCUAAACUCUAACAUCGGCCAUAACUAUUCAUUCAAAGUGCCAUCGGGGGCAUGUGUCAUCCUAUGGAGACAGCUCUUGUUUUUUAUGCUUUUCGGUGAAAUACUGGAAAAUAUCAGUGAAAUAAGAGUUUUAUUUUCACUGUAAAACAGUUUCAAAGCAGUGAAAAUGUCAUUUUUAUUUUUCACUGGUACUUAACUACACUUGAAUGCGAAAGAAGAUAAAUAAUAGAUAAUCGGCUCAGACUUUGAAAGUAUAGCACAAUACAUGUAUUUAAUUUACCGACUACUGUAAAAGCAAGAAGUUACGGGCUGGUUUGAUCUUGGUAAAUCGCCUAGCGAACAUCAUUCCUCGCAUAUCUUAAUACAAAUAAAGAAAAGUUCGUAACAGAGACAGCCAUAUUUAUAUAAAUCGGAUAUGUUUUUUUCUGUAUCUACUACAGCAGUCUAUAGUAAUCGGACAACUUGUGAAUAAGAAAUAUUUUAUAGAAAGUAUCAUAAAAAACAAUAAGUUACCUCGAAACAAAUGUGUUUUGUAGUGAACACGUGAAAUAAAUACAUUAG